CCGUAUCGGGGACAUGAGGAGAAGCUCGGCAUCUCACCAAGCAAUGCACCGAGAAUCGUGAGGAUGUGAGGAGCCGAUGGAAAAAAAAAAGAAAGGGGGGGGAAAAAAGAAAAUCAGCGUUGUAGCGUACAUUGCACGGGCGUAUCAGCGGGUCAUCUGGACCAAGGUGAACUCCAUGCCGUGUCUAGUGGACAGAAACCUGCUGGAAUAAUCUCCGCGGAUUGUUUUGCAUGUACAAUAAAAAGAGUGUCGUCAGUUUAUUUUACCUUCUGCAAGAUUGCUGGAUAGAAAUCAUGACGAACUGUAUUAAUCUUUAGGUAACUAAAAAGUCCUCGUUUUCCUUUUUUUUUUAUUUAAUAAAAGCCUAAAUCUUUGUGUUCGGGGAUACUUUUCCAUGAGUCGUUCAUGAGAAAUUCAUACUUUUAAUACAGGUCAUAACACAGGUGAAGGAUGACAUCGCACAGAAGAGACUUAACUUGCAGCGUUUUCAUUUUUUCUCCUUUUUUAUUCAACCAUUGCUGGUAGAUAUGGAUCAUAACCAAAGUUUUUACCAUUCUGUAUCCAUGCUUGAAAUAGGCAGCGUCACACAGGAAAUAUAUUUUUGUCUUGGUACUUUAUCCGUAGGACUGCAAGUCAAACAUUGAAAAUUGUGGGUAAAUACUGGACCGAGGUGGCAAAGGCUUAACUUGUGUUUAAUUCGUGAAGUAUACGUCUGUCGAUUUCUGAGGAAGGACUCUAAGUCAGACAUGAUAUAAACCAACAGCUGAACUGGAUCUGAUUCAUUGGGCGACAGAUUGCGGCAAAUGGCUGCACUCUGCAUAUGGCGGGAAUGGAAAACCAAAUUGUUAGUAGGACAUGAGAGGCUGAAGAACGACGCGUGAGCGGGCGGAAAUGUCUUGGCCAUAAGUGCGAAAUCUUUCGGAAAUCCUUGCAAUGCGAAAAACUAAUGAAUGUUUGGAGAGCCUCAUCUGUAGGAGUUUUGAUAUUUUUCUCACUCUGGCUUGUGCGUGGAUAUAAUUGAGAGCUACAUCGUUUGCUGGGGUGUGGGUUUGUUGUCUGAGGGCACAUCAUGCCCCAGCGAAGGCCUUGCCAGCCCAGCUGGAGCGGGGUGCGACCGCACCUUCUCAUGGGUGCAGAAGUGGCUUACUUUCUCUGGAUGCUUGGCCUGGUGUUGCAGGCCGUCAGCGUUGCCUCGCAGAAGCUGGACGAGACGGACCCUGUGGUGAGCACCGUCUACGGCAAGGUGCGCGGUUUCAAAAAGGAGUUGAACAAUGAGAUCCUGGGGCCUGUUAUCCAGUUUCUGGGUGUACCGUAUGCAGCGCCCCCUACAGGAGAGAGACGCUUCCAGCCACCGGAACCACCAAUCCCGUGGUCGGACACCCGGAACACUACCCAGUUCGCAUCUGUGUGUCCGCAGACCAUCACAGAGGGGAGACUUCCUGAAGUUAUGCUCCCUGUUUGGUUUACGAACAGCUUGGAGGUCGUCUCGUCCUAUGUUCAGGACCAAAGCGAGGACUGCCUUUUCCUAAACAUAUACGUUCCCACUGAGGAUGUAAAAAGAAUAUCCAAGGAAUGUGCCAGGAAACCGGGCAAGAAAAUAUGUAGGAAAGGAGGUCCCCUUACAAAGAAACAGAAUGAUGAUUUAGGUGAUAAUGAAGGUACAGAAGACGAAGACAUCCGUGAGAGUGGCAGCCCGAAACCAGUAAUGGUAUUUAUCCACGGGGGAUCUUACAUGGAAGGAACUGGAAAUAUGUUUGAUGGGAGCAUCUUGGCAAGCUAUGGGAAUGUCAUAGUCAUCACCAUGAACUACCGACUUGGAGUGUUAGGAUUUUUAAGCACUGGAGACCAAGCCGCCAAGGGGAAUUAUGGUCUUCUUGAUCAAAUCCAAGCUCUGCGCUGGACCAGUGAAAACAUAGCUUUUUUUGGCGGUGACCCGUUGCGUAUUACUGUUUUCGGAUCAGGGGCAGGUGCCUCCUGUGUCAAUCUGUUGACCUUGUCGCAUUAUUCUGAAGGUAACCGUUGGAGCAAUUCAACCAAAGGACUCUUCCAGAGAGCAAUAGCCCAGAGUGGAACAGCAUUGUCCAGCUGGGCUGUCAGCUUCCAGCCUGCCAAAUAUGCUCGGAUGCUUGCUAAAAAAGUUGGGUGCAACCUCAAGGACACAGUAGAACUGGUGGAGUGCCUCCAGAAGAAGCACUACAAAGAGCUUGUGGAUCAGGACAUACAGCCAGCCCGGUACCACAUCGCAUUUGGACCCGUCAUCGAUGGCGACGUGAUCCCCGAUGAUCCGCAGAUCCUGAUGGAACAAGGGGAGUUCCUUAACUAUGAUAUCAUGUUAGGGGUCAAUCAGGGGGAGGGAUUAAAAUUUGUAGAGCUCAUAGUAGACAAUGAGAAUGGGGUCCAAGCUAAUGAUUUUGACUAUGCUGUGUCAAGUUUUGUGGAUGACUUGUAUGGCUAUCCUGAAGGCAAGGAUAUCCUCAGGGAGACGAUUAAGUUCAUGUACACAGACUGGGCGGACCGGCAUAACCCAGAGACCCGGAGGAAGACCCUUUUGGCGCUGUUCACUGACCACCAGUGGGUUGCACCCGCAGUGGCCACUGCUGACCUCCACUCCAGCUUUGGGUCGCCCACCUACUUCUAUGCCUUCUACCACCACUGCCAAACAGAGCAAGUACCACCUUGGGCGGAUGCUGCUCAUGGAGAUGAGAUCCCUUAUGUCUUUGGGCUGCCGAUGAUUGGCCCUACCGAGCUCUUCCCCUGCAACUUCUCCAAGAACGAUGUCAUGCUGAGUGCUGUGGUGAUGACUUAUUGGACAAAUUUUGCAAAAACCGGUGAUCCUAACCAACCAGUCCCCCAGGACACUAAGUUCAUACAUACUAAGCCCAACCGCUUUGAGGAAGUUGCUUGGACUCGCUACAACCAGAAGGACCAGCUGUAUCUUCAUAUUGGCCUCAAGCCGCGUGUUAAAGAGCACUACCGAGCCAACAAGGUGAAUCUAUGGCUGGAGUUGGUUCCUCAUCUACACAGCCUCAACGAAGUCACACAGAUCAUUUCUACCACUACAAAGGUCCCCCCACCAGAGGUAACCCGGACACCAAAGAUUAUCCCUGUCAACACCAAGCGGCCUAACCCCACUCCUUUCCCUACUGAGAACCAAGGCAGUCAGAACCAGCCCUUCCUUGUGGACCAGAGGGACUAUUCCACAGAGCUGAGUGUCACCAUUGCUGUAGGAGCCUCCCUGCUCUUUCUCAAUAUCCUGGCCUUCGCUGCCCUCUAUUAUAAGAAGGACAAGAGACGGCAUGAUGUUCACCGGCGGUGUAGCCCGCAGCGCAACACCGCUAAUGUCCUGGGCCACACUCAAGAGGAAGACAUCAUGUCUUUACAGAUGAAGCAUGGCGAUCUGGACCGCGAUUGUGACACCAUCCAUCCACACGAAGUAGUUCUGAGAACAGCCUGUCCUCCAGACUACACAUUAGCCAUGAGGAGAUCGCCAGAUGACAUCCCUCUUAUGACUCCCAAUACUAUCACCAUGAUCUCUAACACAAUGUCUGGGAUCCAACCUCUGCAUACAUUUAACGCCUUUUCUAGUGGACAAAACAACACGCUGCCUCACCCCCAUCCUCAUUCACACUCAACAACCAGGGUAUAACCAGUGGCAUAAUGGUAUACACAAGAAAUAUCCAACUCAGAAAACAAGAUCUAGACUUUUCUGCACCUAUGAUUUUUCAUCAUGGGGUGUGUGUGAAAAUGGAGAUUUAUCCUUGAAAGGAAAUAUAUUAUUUUAUUAACGAAAAAAACAUUACGUUGAAAUGUGACGAACAAAAAACAGAAGGAUUCAUUGUAUUUCAAUUAUUAUAGGAUGAGGCCACUUGUCCACUUGCAUAAAUCGCAUAAGGAACAUUGAAAAGGUUGGUUUGAUGCAGUUGUCUAACAGAUGUGAGAAAAGAAGAAAUCUUGGGGUUAUUAAGGAAGACAGGAAUUGUGCUUCAUAAAUAAAUCGUACUUUUGUGCCACUGCAUCCAGUUAUGAGUGACACUUUCUACCGACCGAAGAGGAUUCUGAUCGCUGCGUUUCAGGCAUGUGUUACCCUACAAGAGGAAGUAUUGUAGGAUGAUAUUUUAAAAGGAAACUGUUCCAGAAUAUGCACAAAGGAGACAUUGAAAGAUGUCUUGGAUUCCUUUUUUUCCAAUUUAUUUUUGGGAACAGUUUUAUUGUAUAGGACCUAUUUACAUAUCUAAAUAUGUACAGAAAGCACCAAUGCUGUUUAAGCCCCGAUUGGCCCUGAUACUGAAAUCUGCCAGCAGAACAGAAGCAGAUAAGGGCAUCCUGGCAGAUACAGCUUCAUCACAUAAGUGCUGUCAAUAACAAGAGCUGGUGGACAGGGGAACUGGAUAUUUUUAGCACGAUGCGCAUGACAAUUUAUCUGCUUGGUGGCUGUUCUGCUGAUUAAGCCGUAAUUAAAAUAAUUUUCAUCCCCAUUGGAUUUGUUUGAAGAAAUACGUCUCUGAUUGGCUAUCUACUUUGGAGGUGUCUGGGGAGGUAAUGUGGGAAGGUAGAUGGGGAGAUCUGGAUAUAGUAAUUAACAGUAAAUAUGAUAUAGUUUAAGUGAACAUGGUUAUAAGGACUAGUUUUGUACAAUGUGUGUUGGUAAAAAUUUUUGAUAGUGGUAAAACACUCAGUGUUGAAAUGCCCUUGGAAGGGGCUAUCACCUUUGUUUCUGCUCAUUGUUCUUUGCUAUCAUACAUACUGUGUAAGGUUUUUGAUCACAUUUUGUUAAUGGCAAAUUUACCUUGGCGGGAAAAAAAAAAAAAAAGAUUUCACGUAAAUAUUUGUCUUUAUUUUAUGAGCAGUUGUACGCAAUGUCCAGAGUAUGAAGACAUGUUUCUCACUGCAGGGAAUUGCAAAAUUUCAUAUUGCUGUUUUUAUUGGCUGUAUUAUUAUUAUUAUUAUUAUUAUUAUUAUUAAGUUCCGAAGCACUCAAUAAAGAAUGGUGCUUGUUAUUUCCUAAUGAAAGUGCAAGGGUUCCAGUGGGCAAGGUAAAUUAAGGCUCCCUCCCCUCUCACAGUAAGCUAACACUGUGACAUCUGGGUAUAUGAGAAACCAAUUAGACACCCAAGAAAACUUGUUCAGGUGUUACUACUGUAGGUCAACAUGUAGCCCAUGUCCAGUGAUGACUAUAGUUUGAAUGUUUUUUUUUUUUCUUUUGAUGCUGGAUUUUGCUAAUUUCCUGAUACACCGUAAGACCAUCACGGAAGUCACGUCGUCUGGUUUUAGCGUUGCGUUAUGAUGCCUGCUGGGUACCCCCCCCCCCCCCCCCAGGCCUUUCAUUACUCCACAAGAGCAUAACUGUGGUAUAUGGACCAGAUGUACUACCACGAGGUUGUGUCUAACAAACACGAUGGAUAUAUUCUAAUAAAUCCCCCUUUGCUAAUGGCAAUGCUACA